AUUUUAUGCGUUUAAAGUAUUUACGUCAAUGCAACCAAUUCAGGCAACUUUAUAGCUUUUACAAACAAUGUAUUGCGAAUUGGUUUAUCAUAAACACAAAUUCAGGCAAGGAAUGAGCUUUAUGAAACUCUUGAGUCAAAAAACGCUGCAAAUGAUUCAGUGAAUCGAAGCGCAAAUCUAACAAACACAAUCAUGUGUAAUGAUGGCUUUGACUAACAAGUUUGUGUUCUUUUAUGAGUUUGUAGUGCUAGUUGGAGAGUUUUUAGUAAUUUAAGUCCAUUACUUUCACUUUAGUGGUUAGUCUUAGUGCUCACAUCUACAAAUACCAUCUAUCACUGCAUCUUUUUACUUGGGUAAAGUUGGUUUUAUAUUCGCACAUUCGGACAUCCGUAUUCAAUAGCCUUGUUAAUCACACUACAUUGGACAUUCAGUGGACAUUCACAAGUAAAUAUGCCAUUAAAACAAUUGCCUAUUUUGAUCGACUGUGAAAAAUGUUGUAAGUUGACAAUCGUUGGUUGUCAAUAUCAUGUCGCUGCUUAAAAUUCGCAAACAUUAAUUUAGAGUUGCUAGGAAGAAAGGAGUUGUGGUUGGUCAUCAGGAUUUCCACAGGAGACACACACGUUCCAGUGGAGAAGCACGGACAAACACAGAAAAACUCCUGGUGAAGCGACUGAGAUCCACGUGACACACUAUUAUAAAGAUGGCGAUUAUUAAAGAGGAGAGUGAAGACAUGAAGAUUGAAGAAGUAUUCACUUUGAGACAUGAAGAUACUGAGGAACAAACAAAGAUGGUGUUUAUUAAAGAGGAGAGUAAUGAGAUGAGGAUUAAAGAAACUUUCAGCAUGAAACAAGAUGAUAAUGAGGAACAAACAGAAAAGAAUCAAGAACUGAAUGAAAAAGAAGAGAAAGAUCAAUAUAAGAGACAAGAUUUCAUGGAUGUAGGAAAAUCUAUACAGACUGAAACAACUUCACUAAAUAAAGUUCAGAAGACAGAAUCUAACAGUGACUUCACCUGCCCGCAUUGUGGAAAGAGAAUCACUACGAAACAUAACCUUAAAGUGCACAUCAGAAUUCACACUGGAGAGAAGCCUCACACAUGCCAACUGUGUGGAAAGAGUUUCACUCACAAAACAACCCUUGAUUCCCACAUGAGAAGUCACACUGGGGAGAAGCCUUACACCUGUGUUCAGUGUGGAAAGAGUUUCCUUCAGAAAACAAGCCUUAAUUUCCACAUGAUGAUUCACACUGGAGAGAAGCCGUUCACAUGUCAUUAUUGUGAAAAGAGAUUUGCACGUAAAAUAAACCUUACAUACCACAAAAAGAGAAAACACUCAGACCUGAUGGCACUGGAAAAACAGAAUCAACAACUGGAAGAAAAAGAAGAGAAAGAUCAAUAUGAAAAAUCUGUGCAGACUGAAACAACUUCAUCAGGAAAAAGAGUUCAGAAGACUGAAUCUAACAGUGUCGUCACCUGCAAACAGUGUGGGAGGACUUGCAAAAAUAAAUACAGCCUUAAUGUGCACAUGAGAGUUCACACUGGAGAGAAGCCUUACACAUGCCAACAGUGUGGAAAGAGCUUUACUGAAAAAGGAAACCUUUAUUCCCACAUGAGUAUUCACACUGGAGAGAAGCCAUUUAAAUGUGAUCAGUGUGGGAAGAGUUUCAGACUAAAAGUUCAAGUUGAUACCCACAUGAGAGUUCACACUGGAGAGAAGCCGUUCAAAUGUGACCAGUGUGGGAAGAGUUUCAAAUAUAGAAUGCAACUUAAUUCCCACAUGAAGAAAGGACGCACGGGAGAGAAUGAUUUAAGGUGUAAAAUACGCCUCAACACUAUUAGGAAACGUAGCACUGCAGAGAAGCAGUUCACCUGCAAACAGUGUGGGAAGACUUUCAAACAUAAACAAAGCCUUAAUAUGCACAUGAGAGUUCACACUGGAGAGAAGCCUUGCACAUGCCAACAGUGUGGAAAGAGCUUCUUUCACAAAGGAAGCCUUAAAACCCACAUGAGAAUUCACACUGGAGAGAAGCCAUUUAAAUGCGAUCAGUGUGGGAAGAGUUUCAGACAAAAAAUUCAACUUGAUUCCCACAUGAGAGUUCACACUGGAGAGAAGCCGUUCAAAUGUGACCAGUGUGGAGAGAGUUUCAAACAAAAAAUGCAACUUAAUUCCCACAUGAAGAAAGAACACUCGGGAGAGAACAGUUUAAGUUUUAUAAAACGUUGCACUGCAGAGCAGCAGUUCACUUGCAAACAGUGUGGGAAGAACUUCCCAUAUAAAUCAUACCUUGAUUCCCACAUGAGAAUUCACACUGGAGUGAAGCCUUUCAUAUGUGCUCAGUGUGGAAAGGGUUUCACGCACAAAGGAAAUCUUAAGACUCACAUGACCCUUCACACUGGAGAGAAGCCUUUCAUAUGUGCUCAGUGUGGAAAGGGUUUCAGACUUAAAUCAACCCUUGAUGCACACCUGAUAAGUCACAGUGACGACACUCGUUACACCUGCAAAGUGUGUGGGAAGAGCUUGGCGUAUGAAAAAACAUUUAUAGACCACAUGAGAACUCACAAUCCUGAGAACCCAUACGUCUGCAAACAGUGUGGGACGAGAUGCUCAAACAAAUCAAAUCUUAAGGCUCACAUGAAAACUCACAAAGGAGAGAAGCCAUUUGUGUGUCUCGAGUGUGGAAAGUGUUUUACACGUCAAAUAACCCUUACUUUCCACAUGAGGCUUCACACAAAGGAGAACUGUUCUAUUUGUCAACAGUGUGGAAAGAUUUUCAGUCAGAAAAUAGCACUUGACAUUCAUAUGAGGCUUCACACCGGAGAGAAACCUUUCAAGUGUCUUCAGUGUAAGGAGAGUUUCACAUAUAAAAGAGCGCUGAAACGUCACGUGGAAAACUCUUGUGGAAAGAAGUCACCAUGCUCUGAGAGUGGAAAAAGGCUUCGAAAAAGGAGAAAUAUCAAAAAUGUUCAACACAUUCAAUCUGAAGAAAGGCCGUUUAGUUGUGAUCAGUGUAAUAAAAAAUUUAUUUUGCCAUCACACUUACAGAUACACCAGAAAAGUCAUGCAGAUGUGAAACCACAUUUGUGUUCAUUGUGUGGAAAGAGAUUUAAAUGGCUCGGCGGUUUAAAAUGGCACCAGAAAAGUCGUAUCUGUGUGAAAGUAAGGUUACGGUCACGCCGCAUCUGAAUGUGGCCCAAAUGUGAUUGUCCACCUUGAAAAUUUGCAGCUUUUACCUCUUUAUAAUUUUGACUUGUUUAAAUGAAUCCGUUUGAGAUCAAACUAAUGCUAAUUUUUUGCUAUAAACUACACACAUGGCAUUAAUGGACUAAUUCUCAUUUUUCUCAGUUAUUUUGCUUUAUUUCCAGAUUAAAUCAAAUGCUUGUUCUUACGUACUAAAGCACGUAUGCACUCUUCAAAAAUGGUACUUUAAGUCUACUUUAAGACAAACUUAAAUAUAUAAAUGACAUUUGUAUAUAUUCUAAAUAAAAGAUAUACAUU